CAUCAAAGCUGCUCGGCUGCGCAAGAACUUCAUCAUCUGGGUGUCAUCCCAACCCCGCCCCGGAAUCCUUGACGUUGACGCAGGUGAUGCAGUGUCGAGAAGGCCAAGGGGACAGAAGUUCAGCGGUCGGUCUUCACAUCGACCGUGCUUUUGACCUCCCAACCUGCUGCCAAAGCCGCUGGUGCCAGGAAGAACCCGGAUCACCUGCAGGUGUGAAUAUCCCAAGCAAGUUGAGUGAGCUCGAAGGCGAACCUGCAGCUUUCCGCUCUUCCCGUGCUUUUGCGAUGAUGCUGCCACACUGCGUCCAGGUGAUCCGCUUGAACUUCAAGUCGGUGGCAGCGCGAACACCUGUUUCAGCCACCGAGUGCUGCACGCAGUUGGCGCAGAUGGGGCAGGUGGCGAGUCCUCACCGGCCACAGGCCAGCUGGAGCUUUGAUGAUGUGGGUAUUCCAAGCUUCGAGGAGCAGAGGAAGCAUAUGUCCCUUGCAGCGACCGUGCCGCCGGUCCGCCUGGGCCGCUGGUUGCUGGGUUUGUUGCGUUUCUUAGCUGUGGUCUUGCGACCGAUCUGGGAUUUGCCGCUGGUGGUCACGGUCUCCCACCGCGAGAAGCUGGGAUUGGUUCAGCAGGAGACGCUAGGACUGGGCAUUGCGGAGGAUGCAGUGCGGCGACUGCUGACCCGGCUGCGCCCGGCGGUGCUCUUCGCACGGACGGGACUGCAGGCCUCGCCCCACGCCGUGGCCUCCCAGUGCGCCACGAGGUUCAAGCUCUACACGGAGCGUUCCAUCCAAACCGAGGCCGUGGCACAGGCUCGGCAGACCUUGCAUUCCGUCCUGCAGGUGGCGGAACGUGCCAUGGAGGUCUUGGCGUUGCUGUCCUUACUGCAAGAGCAGAAGAGCGCUUACCGGGUGCUGCGGAGCAGCUUGUUGAAGGAAGACUUGCUGCAGACACUGCAGAGGACAAGCUUUGGGAAACUGGUGGAGAGCGAUGAGGCGUUGGACCCAGCGGUCCAGCUCUGCACUGCCUUCUUGAUGGAGAGUGGCCUCACAACGCCCUCCGUGGACUUGGAGGCACCUGUACCGGUGGCGCCUGUGGCGCGUCCACUGACGGCGCCGCGCGAGUACCCGCGCUUUCGGGGAGCUUCGGCAGGCUUGUGCCGUGACCUGGAGGAACAGUGUCCGAAGAUCUUUCAACGCUUGGAUCUCUCAGUGGUGAAUGCUCGACUGGGACAAACUCCUGCGACGCCCUUGGCAGCUGCCACCUUGGCCAAGGUGGAUGAGAGCUGUUUGGAACUCCUGCAUCGCUAUGCACAAUGCGUCUCGGUGAAUUCUCCUGAGGAGCAUUGGGCAUCCUUGACGGAGACCCUCCGUCAUGCGGUCCAGGAAGAUCCCCAGCGAGCUGCCGAGGUGUGUGUCCAGAAGCUCCAGCAGCUGCAAUUGAGCGCAGCUCGCCUCACCUCGGACACCUUACCGACGGUGGAGGCGCGUGCGAGGCAAGUGCUGGAAGCCUUGCUGGGGGCCAUGUCCCAAUCCCGCUGGCAGCCAGAGGAUCAGGUGUUGGCCACGCAGAGUUUGGUGGAACAACUGCUGACCAGGAC